UUUUUUUUGUCUGGCUUGUUUUCUUCCAGCCAGACGGCGGACUGCUUUCAUUAAAUUUUUGCAAAACCAAAAUCACAAAGAAAAAGACAAGACAUUUCUCAUAAGAAAACAUUCAACAUCUCCACUCUUAAGUUUAUCGUCCUCAGACCAACAAAGGAUCUGAAAAAUCAUCCAAAAUGAUGAUGAACAAAAGAAAUAACAUUCGAUUGCCUCCAGAGGUAAAUCGGGUGCUCUACAUCAGGAAUCUUCCCUAUAAAAUCACAUCUGACGAAAUGUACGAUAUUUUUGGCAAAUUCGGUGCAAUUCGUCAAAUAAGAGUGGGAAAUACACCUGAGACGCGUGGUACGGCCUUUGUUGUCUACGAAGAUAUUUUCGAUGCAAAAAAUGCGUGCGACCAUUUGUCUGGCUUUAACGUUUGUAAUCGCUAUCUUGUUGUGUUGUAUUAUCAAUCAACUAAAGCAUUUAAACGUCUGGAUGUGGACAAAAAGCAAGAAGAGCUCAAUAACAUAAAAGCCAAAUACAAUUUAAAAACUGAAGUGGCAUAAAGUAGCUACCCUCUUAACAAUCAUCAUCAUCAUCAACAUCAUCAUUAACAUAAAAAAUAACAAGAAAAGUAAAAUCCAAAAAAAAAAAUUAAAAAAAGAAAAGAAAAAGUA